GUUCACUUGUGUCUGAGCCGGAGCUUCCCUGAGCAGACCCAGACCGGAGCCGCCGCUCCGCCGCCGCCAGCGUCCAUGCCCAGAUACCAGAUGGCUCUGAUCCUGAAGGCCAUGCAGAGGACCCAUAAUGCACCACGCCAUGCCGCUCGGGGAAGCUGUCAUCUUCUACUUGAAACCUGAGACUGUGGCAACGCUAAAACGUACGAUAGAGACACUGAUAGAAAAAGGAGCCAUUGUCAGGAACCUGGAGAACCUUGGAGAGAAGAACCUUCCUUACAAAAUCUCCAAGCACAAUCAGCGCCACAUACAAGGAGGGUACUUUCUAGUUGACUUCUAUUCUCCACCCAACAUUCUUCCCAGCAUGCUGGACCAUCUAUCUCGUGACAUCGAUGUGAUCAGACCAACCAUUCUGAAACACGAGGAGGAGAACCCACCAGAGAAACCAUGUCCCGGCAUCCUUCCCGCCACCAAUCUUGAGGCAAAAUUUAGCCGCAGGAAGAAGAAAUGAGGAGUCCUUCAGGGAGCAUGUGAAGGCUUGCUUGUAUAUAAAGCAUUGUGUUUUUUUCUUUUGUCUAGAAGAAUUAAUAAAAUAUAAAUUUUCAA